AGGGAAUGGUUUGAACUCCGACUGCGGUGGCCACACGGGGGUCGAGUGGCCAUUGUUGCGACGCUUUUCCUACGGGCGCAGCAUACAGUUUAUAAGGCUGGUUUAUAGGCUACAGCUUUGCAAUUGGAGGCUGCUUUCAAAAUGGCAGGUAAUCCGAUAGACCCUCUGCAAGCUCUUUCUGCGGCAUUAGCUGUACCGCCUGAUUCUAAAGAGCAGGCUGAUUUACUGGCUGCAUUACGUGAAUCACUUGAAGCUCACCCAAAUCCUAUACCCAUUCUCUGUACAACCCUCGUCAAAACUGUAUCCGGUUCAGGGGACUCUCUCCUCAAAAGAUGGGUCUUGGACCUGCUGCACUUUGCUAUCUGUCGCUCCAGUUUGUCUCUCGAAGUCCGCACACAACUCGCUUCGCAGUCCGUGGACACAUUGACGGCUCUCCUCAAUGAUUCAAACCAAAACACUAUCAAGGUCGCAAUACAAUGUUUAACAACAGUCUACCCACUGCUGUUUCGUAUGCUGUGUUCCAACCGCACUAACAGACAGCCUUGGGAUUCCUUGUCUCAAUGCAAGGCACGCAUCCUCGAAUUCGUAUGGGCUCCCAAAGCCAACAACGGCAUACGGAUAUCAUCCCUAAAGUUCAUGCAGCGGGUAAUUAUCGUCCAAACGCGUGGCGUAUCUGACCCUAGGGUAGUUUUCAAUACCUUUUGCUCUACAUACUACUUCAUACUCACGGUGUACUUUCCAAACUUCGUGUAUCUGCAGCUUCAAAACAAAAACGAUCCAAAUAUUUCUUCUGUUCCUGCAGACCAUCCUUUCAUGUCAGGACCAGCUUUGGAAGCUGAGGGCAUGAAACUCCUCGAAAGCGUGAUCACCAUGCUGUACACCAGCCAGAACGCCGACUUACUGUCUGCCAUCUUGAAUAGUUGGUCUAAUCUGAUAAAACAGCGUCCUCAUUUAGUGCAAUUGGUCGUGUCAUCAUUAGCCUCGUGGACACCUGCCGCUCUUGCUGGGUUAUCGGCUUCUUCUAUUAAAAGUGUAGAAAAGGGGGUUCGAAUAUUGCUUAUACAUAUUUCGCGAGGUCCUCACGGGUCCUCAUUUGGAGCCCAGAUCAAUGAGGCGUUGUCACAACAAGGAGCCCGUAUGGAUAGAGCCACUGCAGACGAAAAGGCUCGCAAAAUUGCUGCAGCCGCUAAUGCUGCAGAGGCUUCUCGAAAACGCCCCCCGUCGGCUCCUGCAGAAGAUGUAGAUGCAAAGCGCGUCAAGCUCGAUCAAGACAUCGCUGCUUCCUCUGCCGCUUUCCUUGCAGACUUUGACUUUACAUCGCUACCAGUUGCUCUUAUAACCGAGCUCAUUGUAGCUAAUCUUCAAGCAUUUACUGAACCAAGUUUGUCCGCGCUUGUGCAGACAUAUCGUCAAAGUCGGGGCAUUAGCCCUACUCCCCCCGUGCAGCCUCCACAACCUGUACCUGAAGCAACUCUGCCGACUCCUACACCUCGUGUCCAUAGUCAAUCCGUCGAACCUCCCCCAUCAUUUGUAAAGGAUGAGCCUGUUGACCCUCUUCAAAUGGAUAUUGACGAAGAGGAGAUGGAGUAUGAGCCUGAUAGACUGAAUCUCGAGCUAUCGGGAGAACCCUCGAUUUCUGAGGAUGCUAUGAUUCUGGCUGAUGUUCCAGAAACUGUUUUGAUGGACUUGGACUUAAAGGACUUCAAGCUGCCAUCACCCAAAGAACUCUCAGAAGAUCAGCGUAAUCAAUUAAUGCGAAACUCAGUUAAUCGAAUAUGGGACGGCACAGAGGACCUUAUGUUAGGCGGAGAAGAUUUAACGCAAGGCAACGGAAUGUCGCCUAUGGACAUGUGGAUGUUACUUAUAAUACGUAUGAUUACUCGAGUCGCUGAUCCCAAAGAAGAAGGAGGGGAUGGCGACGAUGCAGCGAAGACCGCACAGGACGACAUGACUUUGGACUUCUAUGUGCGACAGGACAAGCUGAGACAGACGCUAUGCGACUAUAUUAUGGCCGACUUUCCUGCUAGGAUACGGCUCGCGACCUCGUGGAUGAAUGAGGAGUGGUAUAAUGACCGAAUACGUCUCGCAGACGAUCCAAAUUGGCGAUCAAAUUAUGAUUCAUGGUUGAACCAAAUUGUUGCUACCUAUCAAACCAUUUUAGAGGGAAAGCCUGAAGGCAAACCUGACAAUAAAGACAAAGCCUUUUCACGUUUCCUCCUCGACUUGCCAGCUGUACCUUCUGAUGUCAUGCAUCUCUUGCGUGAUCUUUCGGUUGAGGCUGAUAAGAUGCAUGUCGGAUUCACUAGCCUUCGCGAUUUUGUUGUGGAGCGGCCUUCUUUGAGGGCCGAUGCUUUACACGUUCUCCUGGAGCUUACCACUCACCCAGAAACGGUCACUCGUCGCGCCGCCAUCAAUACGGUGAAGCGCUGGGUCCCUGAUUCCCAGCCUAUGGACGGUAUGAUACGUGAAUUUGCUCUGCAGAUACUGCGUCGUCUGCAAAUACGGCCGCCCAAGGCGGAUCAUAAACCUGCUGACGACCCUAUGGAUGGGGAGAUAUUAGAAGACAAUAUGGAAGAUGGCCAACUUCCUUCAGAGGAACUGGUGCAAACACCGUACUUGCCGGAGGAUAUUGAUAUACCAGCAAGGAAAUCUCAAAUCUUGCAGCAUGUAGAGUUAUUAUUUGCCUUAUCUGUCAAGGUUCCAGAGUUUUUGGAUGAGAUUUUUACGGCCUAUAGUCAAAUGGAGGUGUCUGUGCAAGGCGCCAUACAAGAACUCAUCACAGCUCUUAUCAAAUCUCUUGGAUCAAGCAAUGGCAAACUCCUGACGCUCAUGCGGACUUGCCCCCCAGGGGCCGAAUCGCUGGCAUUGCGUGUUUUGACCAUAUUUACGGAGCAUGGAAGACCUAGUUCGCAGUUGGUAGCAUUAGUCAAAGGUCUUAUCAGCGAAAGGGAUCUUGAUGCCCGUUUUCUCAUUCCUAUUAUUGCGGAAAUGGAUAAGCCGGAUAUCAUGCGCCAUCUCCCUCGAAUCGUGUCCAUUCUUAAUGGCCAACAAGAACCGAAGAACCUGGUUCGUUCUGUUUUUGGAUCUGUCGUCACCACGCCCCCACAAACGUUUGGGAGCGUAACGUCGAACCUGCCACGCGUGCGCCAGAGUGAAUUACUGACGCCGGCUGAGCUGAUGGUGUUAUUACACGAGGCUGAGAAGGAAAUAGGACUGAAAAGUGCUAUCGAAGCCAUCGGUAUUUGUUUCUCUAUGACGGACGUUUUCCGCUCCGAAAUUCUAGCUGUGGUGAUGCAACAGAUUGUGGACGAACCGGUUUUACCAGUACUGUUUCUCCGUACUGUGAUUCAAGCGGUCACGACUUAUAAAUCCCUUGUUGGGUUCGUGUCUACCACGCUGUUGUCGCGCCUUAUUACCAAGAAGAUAUGGCAAAAUCCUCAUCUAUGGGAAGGUUUCAUACGUUGUGCUAAAGUUAUCGCGCCUGCUAGUUUCGGGGCCCUGUUACAGCUACCUAAGGAACAACUCCGCGAGCUUGUAGACAAACAGCCGAGCCUGAAGUCUGGGCUACGGGACUACGUGACCAAAAAAGCCGGAAACAAGGCCAGGGUUGCCGGAUUUCUUGAUAUUUUCGGAGAGGAUGAAGGCAGCACGCCAUUGGUGCCUUCAGAGGCGAUCGUUCCAGCUGCAUAGGAUGAAAAUAUUUAUGGUAAAAGUAUGUAUCAUAUAGGAUGUAGGGACUGUUCCUGGGCUUUCAGAGACUUUGCACACUCUUUGUCUAAGCCAUCGUACAUGUGUAGCAAUAAUGAUAUUUAGACUUUCACUACUGCUUAGCUGUACGUAAAGAUCUUAUCUGUAGAUUUGCGUCAAUGGCCGCGGCGGCGACGCGUGCAAGUACUGUUUGUUCUG